AUGAGCGAUCCUUCUCCUGUUGUUGAAGGUGUCUUUGCCGUACACAAGCCACUCGCCGUCUCCUCCGCUCAAGCUCUCCGCGAUCUCCAAAAACACUUGAACCCCUCCAAAACAUUCGCUCCCUGGAUCCAAGCCGAAAAGAACAAACGCGACGCCGAUGCUGCCAGAUCUUACAAACGUUCACGCAAGCAGAGACAGGCCGUCCAGGUCAAGCUCGGUCAUGGCGGAACUCUCGAUCCUCUGGCUACCGGUGUGCUCGUCGUAGGAGUCGGCAGUGGAACCAAAAAGUUGCAAGGUUUCCUCGACUGCACAAAGGUGUACGAGACUGUUGUUGUCUUUGGUGCUGCAAGUGAUACCUACGAUACCGAGGGCAAGGUCGUCAAGAGGGCCCCUUAUCAACACAUUACCAAGCACAUGGUCGAGGAAGCCCUGCAAAAGUUCCGUGGUGACAUUAUGCAACGCCCUCCCAUCUUUUCCGCUCUCAGGGUCCAGGGUAAGCGUCUUUACGAGUACGCCAGAGAAGGCAAAGAAGUGCCAGUAGAGAUUCAAGAAAGACCUGUCACGGUAUCGCAAUUGGACAUGGUGGAAUGGUUGGACCCCAAUACACACAAGUACAAUUGGCCUGAGAAGGAGGCUGAAGACGAGGAAAAGAAGGCCGUGGACAAGCUCUUGCCGCAAGUCGCUAGCGAAGCACAAGCUACCACUGCCCAGGAACCACAACCCGACGCCGACGAGCUGAAGAGAAAAAGAGAGGGUUCCGACGGGCCUGAGGUCAAAAAGAUGAAGGUUGAUGGCGCCGAAGCAGCAGACCAAGCAUCAACAGUCAACGAAGGUGCUGCACAAGAGCAAAAGCCAUGCCCAGCACCGGCAGCUCGUAUAAGAAUGACCGUUUCGUCGGGCUUCUACGUUCGCAGUCUAUGCCACGAUCUGGGUGCAGCCGUUGGCUCGCUUGGUCUCAUGGCUGCACUGGAGAGAUCGCGACAAGGUGAGUUUGAGCUGGGCAGGAACGUGCUUGAAUUCGAGGAUUUGGAGAAGGGUGAGGAUGUCUGGGCUCCUAGACUCACAGAUCUGUUGGCACAAUGGCAAAAAGACCAUCCAGAAGGUCAGAGCGGUCACACACGCAUCACGGCCAAGAGACAAGGAACGCCUCCUCCUGCAGAACAACAACAACAACAUCGCAGAAACUCAUCCUCACCAGCAUAG